AGUUAUAAAAUCAUGGAUCAAUUUGCAAAGAAAUAUAUUCAACCUGAUAGAGAUCUACUCAACUGGGAAAAAUGGGUAAAGGUGAGAGAAGAAGAAAUUUUGACGAUUGGCCAAAGAAUACAGCGACCACCUAUUGACAUGGUUAUGAAUUUACAUGAAAAAGUUCGCGAAGACAAAGAAAUGAAAUCUAUGUUACAAGAUGCGCAGGUAAAAGAGAGAGCAACAGUUAGAGGCGAGCCCUGGGAACAACCAGUUAGGCUCAAACAAAGAUGUUACUGCGAACCUGUGUAUGAAGCACAUCGAAAACCUGAAGACAUUGGACGUCCCCGUAUCAUCGAACAUAUCGGAGUACCACGAUUCAUUUUAGAAAACGAAAAAAAUGUUCAUGGUAUUUCAGAACGCGAUAAAUGUGUGCGAUUAAACAAGGAAUACCAGAAGUAUAAGCAAAAACGAGAAGAUCAAUAUAAAGAAAAAAUAAAGAAAAUGGAUCCAUAUAGGUCAGAUAUCAGUGAAUUAUUUGUUAAAGGCAAUAGACCGAAACCACCUUCUAAACCAUUGCCACCCUUACCAGAGAUUAAGAUAUCAACAGUGGACGAAUAUGAAGAAACGUUCACAGUACAUGCUGUGAGAAUUAAUAAUACAGUAUUCGUUAAAGAAUCCGCCGAGCAACAUCUUAUGUCCGAGUUACACAACAUGCAAGAGGAAAAGUGGCAUGAAUCUUGCACAUCUUGGUCGUAUUACUUUAACGUACCGAAAAGUCGAGUGGGAAGAGCUAAACUCUUUCUUCAAAAUUUAGGAACAGUAACGUUAAGAUAUUGCUGGAAAAAAAUAAGACAACAGACGCCCUUCAUCCAGGAGGAAGUAACGAGUCAAGUUUUUUUCUUUAACAAAAAUGAAGACAUAUUAUCCCCUGGGCAAACUAGAGAAGUGUAUUUUACGUUUGUUUCUUGUGAUAUAGGUCUCUAUAGAGAAUUAUGGGAGCUAAGUUUUUGCAAUGUUUCAUUUUUUGAAAAUUUAACCCAAAAAUUUGUAAUUAACUUGCAAGCAGACACUAUAGAGGACACCGAGAAAAUUCGUAGGAAAGUAGAUAUACUGAAGGUAAGACUCAACAGAAAAGCUAUUCGAAAGCUUAUUAGAGGUCUUUUAAACUAUGUUUUCAAUAAAGUAACUAGUGUGGAACCGCAAAUAUACCCAUAUCAAAAAUUCCUCUUGGAGUCUGAAAUAUUCCUUAUGAAAAAUCCGGUAUGUUUCUACCAUCAAAGCGAAGUUAUGAAAUUGAAGGAAUCUUAUUCGCAAAUGAAGCCAGGCGAAGUUUGGGAUUUAUCUAUCGCCUCAUGGAGAAAGGCAAUGAUGAAGAAAGACUUUGUUGAAAGAAUGCAACACUUUGGAAUGUUAAAACAAUCACUAAAUAUAUUACUCAAACCUUGGAAGGAGGACGAAAGUCUUCUGGCCCUAAAACACUCUGCAGUUAAACUUAUUCUGUCAAGGUUGGCUGACAAGUUUGACCAGGUAUACGCAGAUCUAAAUCUCAAUAGUGACGGCAAUGAUACUGAAGUAGAAGAAGAUUCUGAUAAUAAAUUGUUGGAACGUAUGAUAUUCUACAUUCGCAUGCGCGACCACGUUGGAAUGGCUGUAGAGUAUUGUGCUGGUGUGGUGAGGAGCUUGGACUUAAACCGAUGGAUUCCUUUCGAUUUCUGUCAGUAG